AUGGCCGCCGCCGGCGACGACGCGCCCGCCGGGAUCUUCUCCGGCGUCUGGUCGCGCCUCCACGCCGCGGCCUGCGCCUGGCGCCGCCCGGGCCUGGCCUCCCGCGGCGUGGACAGCGGAAGCAAGGAGGGUGAGGGGGAGGAGGAGGAGGAGGCGACGGUGCGGUCGCGCCUGGCGAGGCGGGCGGCGGCGGCGCGGCGGGUCGGACGGAAGCUCGCCUUCGUCUCCUUCAACCUCGAGGUGCUGGUGUUCAUCUACGCGUUCUGGAGGGCGAGGAGACGGAGUCUGACCUGGAGGCAGCCCAUCCAGGUGCUGCCUGUGCUUGCGGUCCCUGCUCUUGCCACCAUCAUCUACGCCGCCUUCGUCCGCUUCACCAGAAUGCUUGACCGCAAGGACAAGAGAACACUUGAAAGACUUCAAGAGGACAAGCCGCAAACUGAGUGUCAACCAAGGGAGUCAGUUGACCUCAAGGACAAGGAAACGCUUGAAAGACUUCAAGAGGACAAGCAGCAAACUCAGUGUCAACCAAGGGAGUUUGACCAGAACAACCAAAACAAUGUCCAGAACUUUGAUGAUGUGGACGAUGCUAGUAAUAAUCCUCUGGUUGGUACUGAUUCAGCGGCACAAACUGCUAAGCUUAUGAAACAUCGCCAGUCGAGCAUUAAGCAUAGAGAUGAUGGUGGAGCAGAUAUGGCUUGGGGUCAUAGCAAGGAUUUCCAAUCAGCGCCCUCAGGUGGACUAAGGAUGAGAAGAUUGUCAAGUGCAAAGACAUACAUGACCAGCAGCAGUUUUAUAGAAAAAAAUGUGGAAAAGACACAGAAAACACCAUCUGUCUCUGCACAUUCAGAUCAGCAUGUCCAUGUCGAUGACUGCCGUGAUUCAGAAUCUGCUACACUCAGCAUGCAUGCUCAACCUGCAGAUACCCCUCAAGAAUUGUCUGAACGAGAUGGUGACGAAGAAGGGUUUGAUGAAUUAUGGGACAUUGUGGAAACUCGUUCCAGUUCCAGCAAGGAAAAUCCCAUAUCUCCAGUUGGUUCUCAUAAUAAUUUUUAUGACGGGAACGAUUCACGCUCCCCUGCAUCUCCACCAGACGACUUUGUUGUUCAUAAUAGCUUAAAUGACUUCACCCCUGACCUGUCUGGUCUGGUAAUAGCUGCAUCAGAAACCUUGAAAAUGUUGCCUCCAGAAAGUCUCAGGGAGGAAGCAUUGCUUGAUCCGCACAACUCAGAAGUAUUGCAUAUGUAUUCUUUGACUCCAAAGGAGAGCCCUAUUCCAUAUGCAGUCAAUGACAAGGAACUUCCAAUCACUCCUGACAUGGGGACCUAUUCAGAGUUGCUUGGUGAGAGAGUCGAGGAGACAGAAUCGUCCAUGUUCCAUAUACCAGAGGAAAGUACGAUACCCUUCAUCUCAGAGGAGGUUUUACCAUGCCCACCUGCAGCCAAUAAUAUUGAGCAUUGUUUGGGGACUCCAGAGUUCUCUUUGUGCGGUCAAGAGAAUAAAAAAAUGGAAGUUGUUGGAAGUGUCAGCUUUACUAAUGACAGUCCUGAGUUAAGCUUCUUAUCCUCUCCAGAGUUAGUUGUGGAGAGUGCUGAGGAUGCCAUUGAGAAGGAAUUAUGUGAAUUAAACACAAAGGAGGAGAAUGUUAUGCUCAUCAGUAUGGAGGAGGAACCUUUCCAAGAUCCACUUAUAGUCAGUACUAUUACUAGUGAACAAUGCCUGGAAAGUUCAGAUGUCUCUUCACGCAUUCAAGAUGCCAAGGCAGAGGAAGUUUCUGAAUUAAUGUACAAAGCAUCUCCAGAGUUACUUGCAGAAGGUGAGGACUUGAAGGAGGAUAAAACGUCUGACUUGCACUUACUGGAGCAGAACGGCCUUCCUUUGAACUUUCAAAAGGAAACUAUUCUGGAUUCACUUGUAGUUUAUACUGCCGAGGACGUCGAGAUAGCAGAAGUUCAUGAUGUUGUCAAGGAUGGUUUGUUUGAAUCAGAAGGCGAGGAAACAUUUAGUCAUCAAAAGCUUGUUGUCGCUUCUUCAAAUGAUGAUAGUAACACUCAAAAUUUGAUAAGUGACUCCAUGCAUGUUCAGUUUAUUCCAAACACUGACAUAAAUGAAGCUCUUGAAGAUGGCCGGGAAGCAUUUUCUGAGCCUGCACACCAAGGCACUCACCAUUCUGAAGGAAUGUUCUUAUCUUCAUGGGUGGUCAAUAAUGACGAAGUUUAUUCUGUGACUUCAAUGGAGAGCCCUACUUCGCAUGCAGUCAAUGACAAGGAACUGCCAAUCACUCCUGAUUUAGAGAGCUAUCCAAAGUUCUUUGGCGAGGGAGUCGAAGAGAUAGUAUCGUCCAAGUUCCAUAUGCCAGAGGAGAGUAUGACACCCUUCAACUUGGAGGUUUUACAGUGCUCGCUUGCAGUCAGUAAUGUACAGCAUUGCUCCAGGGCUCCAGAGCUCUCUGUAUUCAGUCAAGAGACUGAGAAAAUGGAAGUUGCUGGAAGUGUCAGCUUUAUCAAUGCCAGUUCUGAGUUGAGCUUCUUGUCCACUCCAGAGUUAGUUGUGGAGGAUUCUGAAGAUGCGAGUGAGAAAGAAUUAUGUGAAUUAAACUUAAAGGAGGACAAUGCUGUACUCAUCAAUAUGGAGGUGGAAGCUUUGCAAGUUCCACAUAUAGUCAGUACUAGUAGUGAUGAACAAUGCUUGGAAACUUCUGAUGUCUCUUUAUGCAUUCAAGAUGCCAAGGCAAGGGAAGUUCCUGGCAUUAUAAACUUUGUUACGGCCAGUUCUGAGAUAAUGAACCCAGCAUCUCCAGAGUUACUUGCAGAAGGUGAUGAGGACUCCAAGGAGGAUAAAACAUCCGAAUUUCACUUACCAGAGCAGAACAUCCUACCUUCUAAUGUUGAAAAGGAACCCUUUCCGGAUUCACCUGUAGCUGAUACUGCCGAGGACGACAAGAUAACACAGGUUUAUGAUGUUGUCAAGGAAGGUUUUUCCGACUCAGAAGGCUUGGAAGCAUUUAACCACCAAAAGCUCGUUGGCACCUCCACAGAUGAUGAUAAUAAUACUCAAAAUUCGAUAACUAAUUCAAUGGCUGUGCAGUUCAUGUCAAACACAGACAUAAAUGAAGCUCUUGAAGGUGGCCAGGAAGCAUUUUCUGAGCCACUACUACACCAAAGCACUCGCCAUUCUGAGGGAACGUUCCUAUCUUCGGCGGAGAUUAAUAAUGGGGAAGUUUAUUCAAGCAACUCAAAUUCAUAUGCCAAUAUGCUGGAAGAUGAAGUACCUUUUGCUGGUCAGGAAGGGUUUUCUAAGUUUGAAGAUGAAAUGUCUAUUGCUUCUCUAGAUACUCCCAUCUGUCUGGAUGAGGUUAAAAGUGCAGCUGUUAUUAAGGAGAAUGAACUGAGCCUUCAACCAGAGCUGCAUGGUGUGGGAGUCGAGGAGAAUGAACUGUCCAAGUUCCAUGUACCAGAGGAAAUCAGAACACCCUUAAAUUUGGAGGAAGUUUUGCUAUCCCCAGUUGCAAUCAAUAAUAGUGAAUGCUGUGCGGGGACUCCAGAGUUCUCUUUAUACAAUCAAGAGAGUGAGGAAAUGGAAGUUGUUGAAAGUGUCAGCUAUAUUAAGGUCAGCCCUGAGUCUCCAAAGUUCUAUGCAGAGUUUGUUGGGAAGGGUGGUGAGGAUGUCAGGGAGAAAGAAACACGUGAAUUGAAGAAAAAUGAGGAGAAUGAGACACUCAUCAAUUCGGAGGAGGAACCUUUGCAAGGUGCAGUUGUGGUCAGUACUGUUGAUCAAUGCUUGGAAACUUCAGAGUUUUCUUUAUCUAGUGAAGUUGCCAAGAUGACGGAUGUUCCAGAGAUUGUUAGCUUUGUUACAGUCAGUCCUGAAUUAAACUACUCUGCAUCUCUAGAGUUACUUUCAGAGGAUGAAAUGUCUGACUUGCACUUACAUGAGCAGAAGGCCCUACCUUUUAAUUUGGAGGAGCCUUCUCGGGAUCCACUUAUAGUUGAUACUGCUGAAGAUGCAUUAGUUACAUCGAAACUUUUGAUAUGCAGUGAAGAGGUCAAGACGACCGAAGUUCAUGGAGUUGUCGAGGAAGUUUUCUCCGAAUCAGAAGACGAGGUCAUUCCAGACACCAGUGUAACGGAAGCUUCUCAAGCUGGUCAGGAAGCAUUGCCUGAGCCACUACAUGAAAGCAUUUGCCAUUCUGAAGGAACAUUCCUAACUUUAGGUGAGGUCAAUCACGAUGAAGUGGAAGUCGAAACACCAAUUGUUGGACAGGAAGGACUUUCUAAGUCUGAAGAUGAAAUAGCUUUGACUUCUCUAGGGACUUCCAUCUUGCUUGAUGAGGUUAGAACUGCAGAAAAUUUGUCAGCCAACUCUGAACCUUCUCAGUCUGUUCCAGACAGCAAUGGAUUUCAAUCUUUUCACGACCAGCAACAAGCUCCAUCUGAAACACCAGAAGACAUUAAUUUUCUGAUUGAGGGAAGUCACACAUCUUCAGAUGAGGGCUUAAACUCUGAAAUAUUUUCGCUCUAUUCCAGGUCAUCUUCAUGUGUUUCAGAGAUUAACAUGCUGGAAACUCUCAGAAGUGGAACAUCUUCUGAACCAGAAAAUGAACGUGGUUUAAGUUUUGAUGAGCGGAACCGUGUGAUAUUUCACAACAUGGACAGUGCGGAAAAUUACACAAACAACCCGGUGACUGCUGAAUCUAUCCUGGAGAUCAACAUGAUUGAAACUCUUAAUGUUAAUGAAACAACUGUUGGUUCACUGCAUGAAGUUUCUUCAAACUUUCAGGACUCUUUUGUAGCUCCAGAUGUAAUCAAUGGCAUGACACAGUCGGAUCAACACUUGGAUUUAUCGUCCCCUUCAUUUGCUCCAGUGAUUGACGCAUUUGAAUCAUUGCAAACUGGUCAGGGUUUUUCUGAGGUGCAAUGUGAAAAUGAUUUUGCUUUUCAGGAGACUCAAAUAUCUCCUAAGGAGGUCAACAGUGCUGAAAAUUAUUUUAUCAAUACAAUUGAUGACCCUCAAGUUAGCGAGAGAACAUCAACUGUAGCUUUGCAAGAUGAAGAUGAUUUAACUCUUCCCAGGACUUACAUGUCUCCUGAAAAUAUUAAUGUUGUUGAAAAUUCUUUGUCUGGUCUUCCUUGCACGCCGGACUUACAUGCUUCAGAUCUUCCUCACACGUCAGAAAACCAUUGCUUCAGCGAAGAAGUAUCACCUGAAUCUCAGGACCCCUUAAGUUCUGAGGAGAUUUUUGUUCAUCCAGAGGAGGGUUUGAAAGCUGAAAAUGAUUUAGACGGUGCAAAGUCAUCCUUGUAUUCUACAGAGGUCAACUUGGCUGAACCUUGCGGCAUUGCUCAGGAAGGAACUCAGCAACAAAAUGAAACCAUGUUGGGUUUUGAGGAUGAUUAUCACCAGGAAGCCAAUUCUGAAAAUUACUAUAACAAUUCAGGGUCCGUAGAUAUUCCAGAUGGUACUGUAGCAGAGAGUCCUCAAGAGGCAGAGAGAUUAUCUUCUGAGAUACUUUACGAUGGCAUGUUCAGUUUCGAGGGGACGUUAAUAUCUCUAGAUGGUGACGACAAUGCUGAUGAUUUUCCUAACGAUUCAGGUUCUGUGCAUACCGCACAGACUGACACAACAAGUCUCCUUGGUCUUCAAGAAGGGUCUUUCAAGCCAGAAGAUGAAAAGGCAAUUAAUUCUAUCUCUCCAUAUGAGGUUGAUACUGAAGAAACAAGUAUCUCAAAUCAUGGUAAUUCCAGCUCUGCUUCAUCUCGUCAUGACAUCAGCUUCAUGGAGGCUCCUCAGCCCCAGGAACUGCCUAUAGACGCUGGAAGGGAAAAAGUUUUCCUCAAGGAUAAGGAACCAAAAGACGGUGAAUCUGAGGACACGAAAGAGACUGUCAAAGAUUUGGAUUCCGGCCAUGAGAGGAAACCAGUAGUCAGUGGGAGCAGUAAUGUGUCUGAGCUAGCUGCCUUGCAGUACACCGAGUCGGUUGAUGAUGAUACUGAAACUCUUAGUGCUCCUCUACCUUCAUCUGUUGCUACAGAUAUUUGAAGCAGAUCGAAUGAUAAAGCUGCACAUGUUUCAGUAGAAUGGUCAACUGCUGAAUAACCUCACAAGAGUAUCUAAAAGCUUGCAACUGGAGCUGCUUCUGUUGUGUUUUUUUGUAAAGCUUCUAAUACUGGAGAAGUGCAGAUUGGAGAUUGUUGUUAGUUUUGUGUGCUCAGAGGACGACGGAAAGAAGUCCAGUACAUGGAGUUUUUGUACAAAGUAAAUGAGAGUUCUACAAAAUCAUCAUCUGGAGGUGAAAAAUUGGAAUCGCCUCUGGAUUGAGUUGCUUGCGCUUGGAGUGGAAAUGUCCUAGUUCUUGCCUUUUGCCAUCAAGAACCUAGGAUUUGUUGAAAGAUAAGGCUAUCUUUCAUAGUUUUCUCUCUCUUCGUUCUUCAAUUUGGAUUGACGUUGUAUAGUUUUGUAUAUCUGGGUAAAUAUACUGCCAUCAGUGGCCCAUGUAUAGUUUGUUACGGUGUCUGAUAUUCUUUUAGGUAGUGAUACUUUGCGUGAGUGCCUCAUUUGGUGUCCUUUUUUUGUAUGAGUUUUGAAGGGUAUUAAAGCUUUGCGUUCUUUA